UACACACAUAAACACACACACACACUCAAAGGGGGAGAGAAAGAAGCUGCACCAGCUGCCCGUACAGUAUAUCAUCCGUGGGGGGGAAAAAAACAAAACACUGACGGAUCUGAAUCCACGAUGGCAAACUCGGACAGAGUUGUGUUGGCUCUCGGAGGAGCAGGGACAGUGGGCUCCGGAGUGGUUAAAGCAUUACUUGACAAAGGUUUCAAGGUAGCUGUGAUCUCGAGGGACAACAGCCGGUUGGAAAGACUGCGAUCAUUUGUCUCUUCAAAUACAAAGGAUAACCUCAUCACCAUUGUGGGGAAUGUUGGGUCAGAGGAAGGUGCAGAGGCUGCCAAACAGGCCCUGCUGAAGUCAGUGGGGAAGGUGACGGAUAUCGUUUCAUCGCUGGGCUUCAGCUGGUGGCAGGGAGGACCCCCUCACACCCAGUCUCUCAAAGAGCUGCAAUGGGUAAUCGAGACAUUGCUUUUUAGCACAUUUGUUUCAUGGAAGGCCUUUUUCCCUUUGGUGAGGGACGACUCCAAAUGCACUUACACCUUCAUCACCGGUGGUGCAGGGGAGAAGUUGCUGAUGCCUGGUACUGGCUUCCUGACGGUGGGUGCAGCCAGCACCCUGUCAUUCUGCCAAGUACUGCGAGAGGAGUACCCCGAGGUGCCCUGCAAACUCAACCAGGUGAAGAUCAACACAGGUGUGGCCCCUCCAGAGCGCAUGUCCCCUGGGUACCUGAAUCACCUGGAUUUGGGCAAUGCGGUCGCCACGCUAGUGGAAAGACGAAACACCUCCCACACCGUGUUCACCAUCAACUGCCCUGCGGACUUAAAAACGGCCAUUUUGGACAGGAACCUUUAGAUUGGGAACCUCUCUCCAGCCCUACGUCGUUGAUGCAGGGAAAGGUCUUCUGCUUAUAAAUCAUACUAGAAAACACAUCUACAUUAGUGUAUUUGUUUCAUUUGUUCCUUCGCACAUAGCACUCAACCCCAUGCAAUACAAUUACUCUCAUCCAUGUGUGUCAUUACAACUAAUAUAGUCCGCUGUGUGUGCAUGGGUUGUUAGUAACUGUUUUAACUGCAUGUGUUUCAUGCCUGUGAGAAGUCCUCUCAUCAUCUCCAACUUCUGUAGAGCCUCUGCUUCUUUGUCAUUGCCAGCUCUUUCAAUAUCUGUGAAAUACAUAAAACUAUGUAUUACUAUCUGGGGGUGCUUGAUAACACAGAUGCCCCACAUAUCACAUUGGAUUUGUAAAGUGUGAUGGAAAAGAAAGUUAUUAAUGCCAAACUGCUGGAAAACAAAGGACGGGAUAAAUUUGGCAAAGGGAAGGAGGAUUUUGUGGUUAGUAGUAUCUAAAGUAGCUCUUAUUAGCCCCCUCCUCACCUCCUCCUGUCUGUAUAGAAUGUGAAAUGAAGGAAGAGAGAGAAGAUUGAGUGUGACCUUGUUCUGUUGCAACUGGUACUGUUUUGUUUUUGGGUUUGUUUUUUUUUUAUCGGCCAAACUGCAUUUCAGUGUGUGCAUAUAUUUAUCUGUAGUCCUGGAAAUAAACUGACCUUUUGGAAAGUGGGGCUAUUAAGGCAAUUUUACUAAAAAAAAAUGUGGGUAAGAUGGUGCUGUGGCUUGAGGUGAAAGUGAUAGUUGGGAGUGAUGUUGAGUGUUGACGGGUGGAUUGGAAAAAUUAUUUCCACUUCCUGAAAAGGACAGAUCAAGCCACUGAGAAGCUUGUUCGCCCACAGUGAACAGAUAUGUAACUUCUUAGAUGUACAGAAGUAGACAUAACCCAAUGGCCUGCUGAGCACCAUGCUAAGAUUGCCUCAACAUGGGUUAUAUCCAUUUUCACUACUAAAGGUUUGGAAGCAGGGUGUGGGGAUUUUGGCACAUGUACAUCCCUCUAGCGUGACUCUCUGUCCUGUUCACAGGCACUAACACCGACCCCCUAUAGUCCCUUUAUCUGCCACCCAUUAUGUGGGGCAGCAUGUCCCUUAGAUAUACUAAACAGGGGUCAGGAUGCCAGGGUGGAUACAGGCGGGUAUCAGAGGGGGCAUUGUUCUCUUUGUUUCUUGUCCUGUCGAUGCCUACAUGCUUUUGCAACAAGAAUGUAAAUUUGUCCCGCCAAUAAAGAAGCUUGC